GGUCUUGUUUUUUCAAUCCCUAAAUUUAAUUUCCUUCUUUCUUUGUGUGUUCCCUUGUAAUUGUAAUUGUAAGAGAGAGAGAGAGAGGGGGGGAUGUCUAAUAUGGAAACAUCGUCGUCAAGUUCAACUGCAGCAGCAGGAGGAGGAGGAGAGAAUAGUAAGAGGAUGGUAGAGUAUAAUGUGUAUGGGAAUGUGUUUCAAGUGUCAAGCAAGUACGUUCCUCCCAUCAGACCCGUUGGCCGCGGUGCUUAUGGUAUUGUUUGUGCUGCUACUAAUUCAGAGACACAUGAAGAAGUCGCCAUUAAGAAAAUCGGGAAUGCUUUUGACAACCGAAUAGAUGCCAAAAGGACUUUAAGAGAGAUUCAACUUCUUCGACACAUGGAUCAUGAAAAUGUUAUUGCAAUCAAAGACAUCAUACGGCCUCCACAGGUGGAAAACUUCAAUGACGUCUACAUCGUUUAUGAGUUAAUGGACACUGAUCUUCAUCAGAUAAUACGUUCUAACCAACCUUUGGCGGAUGAUCACUGUCGGUAUUUUCUUUACCAAAUAUUACGAGGACUGAAAUAUGUGCAUUCUGCACGUGUCUUGCAUCGUGAUCUAAAACCAAGCAACUUGCUUCUCAACUCGAAUUGUGAUUUAAAAAUUGGGGAUUUUGGGCUUGCAAGAACGACUUCUGAAACAGACUUCAUGACUGAGUAUGUCGUUACCCGUUGGUACCGAGCCCCUGAGUUGCUCUUAAAUUGUUCGGAGUACACAGCAGCUAUUGACAUCUGGUCAGUAGGUUGCAUUCUAGGUGAAAUAAUGACUCGACAACCACUGUUUCCAGGCAGAGAUUACGUGCAUCAGCUCAGACUAAUCACAGAGCUCAUAGGUUCACCGGACGAUGCAAGUCUUGGAUUUCUCAGAAGUGAUAAUGCACGAAGAUACGUUAGACAGCUUCCGCAGUAUCCAAGGCAACAAUUCUCUGCUAGAUUUCCCAAUACUUCUCCAGGAGCAGUAGAUUUGUUAGAAAAAAUGCUCAUAUUUGACCCAAAUAGGCGUAUUACAGUUGAUGAGGCACUGAGUCACCCGUAUUUAGCACCCCUUCACGAAAUCAAUGAGGAGCCAGUCUGCCCUAGGCCUUUUAGUUUCGACUUUGAGCAGCCGUCUUGCACUGAAGAACACAUCAAAGAACUCAUUUGGAGGGAAUCUGUAAAAUUCAAUCCAGACCCUACUCACUGAGGUAUGUGUGUGUAGUUGAUGUAUACCACUUAACAUUGUGGUAUGAUUCUGGGAUUAUUGUAUCACCCCCGUAUAUAUGUUCUUUCGCAGAUUCGAUAUACAAAAUAAAUACAAAUGGUAUAUUGGGUUUAGUUUUA